GCGCUUUCUACCCGGACGUGCUGAGGCGGAAACCGGAAGCCCUCCGUCGGAAGGUUCCGGGUUUCCUGGUCUACUGCGAUGGCGAUGAGUUUCGAGUGGCCUUGGCAGUAUCGCUUCCCGCCCUUCUUUACGUUACAGCCGAACGUGGACACUCGGCAGAAGCAGCUGGCCGCCUGGUGCUCUUUGGUCCUGUCCUUCUGCCGCCUGCACAAACAGUCCAGCAUGACAGUGAUGGAAGCGCAGGAGAGCCCGCUCUUCAACAACGUCAAGCUGCAGCGGAAACUUCCUGUGGAAUCAAUCCAGAUUGUACUAGAGGAACUGAGGAAGAAAGGGAACCUCGAGUGGUUGGAUAAGAAUAAGUCUAGCUUCCUGAUCAUGUGGCGGAGGCCCGAAGAAUGGGGAAAACUCAUUUAUCAAUGGGUUUCCAGGAGUGGCCAGAACAACUCUGUAUUUACCCUGUAUGAGCUGACCAGUGGGGAAGACACAGAGGAUGAAGAGUUCCAUGGGCUGGAUGAGGCGACCCUACUGCGGGCUCUGCAGGCCCUACAGCAAGAGCACAAGGCUGAGAUCAUCACUGUCAGCGACGGCCGAGGCGUCAAGUUCUUCUAGCAGAGACCUGUCUCCCUUUACUUAUUACCUCUCACCUUUCCAGGGCUUUCAAAAGAAGACACACCUAGUGUCCCGCACAGACUGGGUGUAUCACUCCUGCAGACUCAAAGGGCUCCAGUCCUGAAGGCUGGGACAUAGGAAUGUGUUUUCAGCUUACCCCAUAUGUCUGUCCCUGGGAUAGGGUGAGCUCAAGGUGCAAGGGAGACAAGAUGUUCUUCUUGCCCUACCUCCUGUCCUGUCCUGGACUGUCCUGAGCCAGGGUCUAUAGAGCUGACACUUUACAUGUGUUCUCACACGUAAGUACACACCCACAUACUCUUGUACAAGCUUCUGUCAUCCUCACACUCCUCAGCUGUGUUGCCUCCCUUCUCAGGCUGGUGCUGGACCCUCCCUAGGGGACAGGGAAGCCCUGGCUGCAGGCAGCCUUCCAGGCAAUAUGAAGAUAGGAGGCCCCAGAAGAGGAUUGGCAGUGAGAGGCAGGCCCACACUGAUUUAUGAUAUUAAACUCUCAACUCCCA